UGUAGUGCUCUGUGAUACUGUAUACGUUUAACAUCAAGUUGCUAGUUGCUAACAACAAACAACGGACAGCGUAAACAAAACAGUAUUCAUUCGAUUCUCGUUUUUUUGCUGCAUAGACAGGUAAAAUUCUGGUUUUUAGGAAAGUAAUCUCAGUAAAUGAAAUCCUGAAUGCCUGAUCCAUUUGAUGAAAACUUCGUUGCCGAGGACGAUAACAUAAAAAACAUGGCUCGAGUGGGAAUGGCCCUGGAUCGUGAGCUGAAUGGCAAUACGUAUUCGUAUGAUCCAAAAGAAAACGAAAACCCUUCAUUUACAAAAAACAGAGAUUCUUUUGAGCCGUUUUUCAAGGAAACACCCAAGUUGAAGAGUAUCAAUAAGCAUUUCAAGGAUUUUACAAUGAAUGGAUCUGCAAGUACACUCCCAAGUGUAGAAAGACCAAGAGGGAGGAAUAUGAACUCAUUUGAAGAGAAUAGCUUCAAUCGAUUACGAAACCACAACAAUUUGUUUCACAUUGCGUCGCCUCCUGGAAGCCUCAACCGAGCUACUGAGGAUACGUCCAGUUAUCGAAACAAGUUUUUGAAUGCUUUUCAGAAAAAAAGAGAUCCGAGUAAGGAUGAAGUAAUGCUGGACGAAUCCCCUUCUUUGUUAAGAAAGGGGAUAGACCAGACACCGUUGACCAAGCGUCAAAAUAGGAAUUAUUUGUUUGAUUCUCCAAGUGAACGUCUUCCCAAGAAACCCGAAACUCCAUGGCGAAAACCAGGCUUACGAUUCCAACCCACCCCACAGCAAGCUAAACCAUCCGUAAAAGAAACACCAUCCUCGUUAAAAACAGCAGCGAAACUGAUGGAACAAUUGGAUUUAGAUUCCAACGAUAUACCCUUUGAUGCCCCCAACCAAACAUCAUACCGUCUUCCCAACAUGACAAAUCUCUCUCAACUCGUUCAAGAUCCGGCGAACGACAAUAUGUCUGGUGCCUCUGAAAACGGCCGUUUACCAAAUUUGGAUACUGUGCCGAUAGCGGAAACGGAUGAAAAACUGUUUUAUGCUCACAAAGCCUUAGAACGAAAGCUGGAAACAAUGAAGCGUGAACAGUCGGAUUACGAAGAAGAGAUUUUACAGCUUCGAGAGCGGAUUGAUCAUCUUACCGAUGCCUAUACCCGAGAGAAGAAGAGAGCGCGAAGUCUAGAGGACCGAAUGUCGAAAGAAUUGAUGACAAAGAUGAGUGAAAAAGAAUCUGAAACCAUUGACCCUUCUCUCGCCUCGAGAUUAGUAGCGACAGCGAAAGAAAAGGAAGCACUUUUUGAACAAGUGAAAUCGGUACAAGAACAAUACGACCAUACACAACAAUUGUACAAGAAUGUAUUGUUAGACCGAGAAAGCUAUAUUAUGAGGCUAAGUACAAAGAUAUCCGAGAAUCAUGAACUGAAUAAUGAAAAUCAAAAGUUAAAGGAGAGGAUCCUUAUUUUGGAAGGCAAACAAAUUACUAAAGAAGAAAAUGUGGAUGAAAAAGAACAUAAUAAGGAUGAUAUGGAGAACAAGCCGUUGAUUCUUGACGAAGCUUCUCAAAGAAAGAAAAGGAGCGAAUUGAAAGAGAUGGAAAACGGUUCAACGAACAAGGAAAACAUUGCGCCUGACAAACAGCAACAAACAGUUCCAGAGAACACGAACCUUGUAAAGGAAUUGAAGAAAGAAGUCGAACGGAGGAAAGCACUGGAGUUGAAGUUGCUUGCGUUCAAAGACAAUGAAAAACCAAAAAGCAACCGGUCAAAACGCAUCCAUGUUUCACCAACGGUUAACAAAAAGAAGAGGUGGAGAAAGAAUGCCAGACCGGAAUUUUCAAUGGAGUCUGAGUAUGAAUGGAGCGGCGAGAGUGAUUUCUUGGAUACAGAGGAGGAUGAGGAUGAGGAUGAAGAAGAGGAAGAAGUGGAGGACGAGGAAGGAGAUGUGGAGAAAGAAACAGAGCAAGCAAGAUUGAAUAUGCGGAGAAGAGAGCGUUUGCAACAGAAAAGAAGACCUGUGGAAGACUUUUCUCGAUAUGCAGAAGAUAGCUAUUUAGGAGAAGAAGGGUUGGAUUGGAGCCCGGUGUUACAAUCGACGCUGAAUCUUGGUAAAGAACGGGCUGAAUCGCCUGCAUUACCGAAGCAUAUUCUUGAUCAAGUAGAUCACAUAAUCAAUUGCAAUGCAGUGCAUAAACCAGAAACAUGCACGGUAUGCCAUGGACGUCAGCGAUCAGGAGUAGGAAAAAGCAGAGAUAUUUGGGAGAGAAGUGAAGAACCUGUGCAAGUGGGAGAUAUGACCAUGCGUCCUACGCAACCCCCAGAACAAGCAUUGAAGAGUGUUACAGAGCAAUUAACGAAAGAAUUGAUGCGGUUGAAGAAACAAUAUGACAAGUUUUCGAAACGAUAUCAUUCGUUGGUUCCAGAAUAUCACAAACGCAGACGUCAAAGCAUCAAGGGCAAGCUGAUGAAGACUUUGGAAUUGAUGGAGAGAAAGUCAGAUCAAAUUUACGCUCUACACGACAUACACAUCGCCGAAUCAUUUUGUGAAGAGUAAUGGAAACCGAGUCAACCGGCUGGUACGGUUGCGACAAGAUGAGAAUCCAAAUGGAACUCUUGAAUCUUUAUUCCUUUUUUUUUUAAUUUUCAAUAAUUCUUUUUUGUAAUAAUGAAGCUAGCUAGGAUAGCAUUGAUAACAAUGAUUUUAUAUUUUCUUAUUCUCUUACUGAGAGAGAAGCAUUUAGGCUUCCCUCCUUCUUCCUUCCUAUGCUGCUCUCGCUUUCCCUCGUCUGGUGUUUGUUUGUAAACAAAGUAAACUCAGGUCACAAUGGUCGUUACCCAGAGUUCGUUUGAUAGUGUAGUUCGCAACAAGAAAUGAUUGGGAGAUAGUGAUGCGGCAGGCCAUCAUUCUUUUCGCAAAAUAGAUCAAUGUUACCUUGAAACCCGCCUCCGACCCAAUGAAGUGACGCAUGGAAAAACUUUGAGCUAGCGUUUUCGGAAGAUGGUCGAAGCUCCUGGAACAUUUCUGAAGUCAUAAUAUCAUGACCACCCCUGGAGUACGUAAUUACAGAACUGGACAGACCGCGUUGUACGACUGUUUACAUGGGAAAAAGAGCCGAAAAAGAAGGAGAAACAGUGUGUU